GAAUUUAACAUAUUCAGUGUUGGAUGUGUUUUGUACAUGACGUUCACUCACUCUGAAACUUCCUCCUUUUAAUAAAACCUAAAAAACAGAACAUUUAUUUUUACUGAAAGCAGACAAUUUACAAUCUUCAAAUGACAUGACAUCUAUACUUCUGUGGAAAGGACCUUUCUGCAUACAGAGGAUAGAAUGAUUGAUAGAUUGAUAAUUCUCUUGUACAGGAUAGCUAAGAAGGUACCUUUAGUACUUGAGAGGAGUGACUGAAGAAAAAGAAGAAGUGAAAAAUAAAAAAACAUUUACAUAUUUAAACCAGCAACCAGGCUCUUCUCGGUCACAGGGAAUAGUUUGCUUGCAAACUCAUCCAUUCCAUGAUCGAUGGAGGAAAUCUAUGCCAACGUUGAAAGUGUCAAACCCCUAAACUCAAGGUCAUCUGCAAAACCAGAAGGUCCCAGGAGUUCAGAGAGAUUUCUCCAAGCUGCUGUUCUCUGUCUGGGGCUGCUGAGUCUUUUCCUGCUGGCUGGACUCAUCGGCCUCGCUGUCCGCUACCAUAACUCAGUAGGCGGUGCAGCUGCAGAUCUCUCCAGUGUCAAAGCAAACCUGACUGAGCGUCUCCAGGCCAGCGAUCAGCAGCUGUCCUCCGUGUCUGAAGAGAGAGACCGACUGAAUGCCAGCCUCACUGAAAAGACCAAAGAGGUGGCCAGGCUUCAGAGUUCGAAUAAAACGUGUCCUGCAGGAUGGAGGAAGUUCAGUUGUGUCUGUUAUCUCAUCUCUACUGAGCGUGCUUCUUGGGAACGAAGCAGACAGAACUGCAGAGCCAGCGGAGCAGAUCUGGUGAUCGUAGACAGUUAUAAGGAACAGGAAUUCAUCACUAGCAUGAUCAAAGAACAAACUUGGAUUGGUUUGAAUGACAUAGGCCAAGAGGGGACCUGGAAAUGGGUUGAUGGAACUCCACUGACUCAGAAGUACUGGGGAUUGCCACCUGAUAAUGGAAGUGGAGAUCCAGUGUGGGGUGAAGAGGACUGUGCAAGUCUUGUAAAUGGGAGGGAAACCAGCAAAAACUGGAAUGAUCUGAGCUGUACUAGCCCUCUGCAAUGGAUCUGUGAAAAAAUAAUAGAUGUUAUCGCCUUUCAAAAGUUCUUUUGUGUGUCUUCACUGGUUUUCUCUCUGUGUUCAGAUCUCAGGAGAUCAGGGAGGAGAUUUCUUCGAGCUGCUGUUAUCGGUCUGGGGCUGCUGAGUGUUUUCCUGCUGGCUGGACUCAUCGGCCUCGCUGUCUGCUACCAUGACUCUCGGUUUUCCUGCCCGACUGAAGAGAGAGACCGGCUGAAUGCGAGCCUCAUUGAAAUGAAGAGAUUUUGUCCUGCAGGAUGGAGGAUGUUCAGUUCCACCUGUUAUCACCUUUCUAAAGCGACUGGAUCCUGGGAAAAAGGCAGAGAGGAGUGCAGGGACACAGGAGCAGACCUGGUGGUCAUAGAUAGCGCUGAAGAACAGACGUUCCUCUCUAACUUCACUGGGGGAGAAACUACGGCUUGGAUCGGUUUGACUGACAAAGUUGAGGAGAAGACCUGGCUGUGGAUAAAUGGAGCUCCACUCUCUAUACAGUACUGGCGGUCGAUUCAGCCUGACAACGGUGGAGGGUAUAAAGAGCUUGGGGAAGAGGACUGUGCCCAUAUCAUAACUGGAGGGCAGAAUUUAAAGAACUGGAAUGAUUUGUCUUGUAAAACAAGUCUGCAAUGGAUCUGUGAGAAGGUCUUACCAUCUGUUGCAUAAUCUGUUUCCUUUGUACAAACCCUUCCGGUCGUAGACUGGAAGAGGAAAUCACAUUGUGAAUGUUAUAUG